GAAAAGCAUCUAACCAUGAGUGGAAGAGGAAAAACCGCAGCAAAGGCCCGAGCUAAGGCGAAGACCCGCUCCUCUCGUGCCGGCCUCCAGUUCCCAGUCGGUCGUGUUCACCGGCUGCUGCGCAAAGGAAACUAUGCGCAGCGCGUCGGAGCCGGAGCCCCCGUGUACCUGGCCGCUGUGCUGGAAUACCUGACCGCUGAGAUCCUGGAGUUGGCUGGAAACGCGGCUCGCGACAACAAGAAGACCCGGAUCAUCCCCCGUCACCUGCAGCUGGCGGUCCGCAACGACGAGGAGCUCAACAAGCUGCUUGGCGGGGUGACCAUCGCUCAGGGCGGCGUGCUGCCCAACAUCCAGGCGGUGCUGCUGCCCAAGAAGACCGAGAAGGCCGCCAAGUCCAAGUAGACCUGGAGGGAAUCCACUGAGUCUCUUUUAAGACCCAACAACCCCCCGAUAAAGAGCUCUGCAGUCACAGAUUAAAAAGUCACUUUGCAAACAAACUAAAGAUUUGCUUCAUACGUUCAAAUUUAUUGAUAAUAAAAAAAAAAGUGGA